UAUUUAUGCAAGUCUUUCGUCUGUCAACGCGAAAGCUUGGCUUCACUCGUCGGCACCUCAUCACUGAGAAGAGCUAAGCAGAAAUCUCGAGAGAAACAAGCAAAAUAAACUUCAAACAGAAAUUUCAAAAGUGAUGAUGAUGGCUUCUUCUAAGAACACUCCGCCAGUGAAUAAUCGGACAAGAAUAUCUAUAACCAUUGUCACUGGUUUGUGUUGUUUCUUCUAUCUUCUUGGAGCAUGGCAACGUAGUGGGUUUGGUAAAGGAGGAGGUGUUAUAACACUGGAAGCAGUAACAAAGCAAGCUCAAUGUACAAAUACAACAGACAUUGUAACCAAUCUCGACUUUGAACCUCACCAUAAGACAAUAAAGAUCCCUCAAAGAGCCCCCAAGCCCAUCAUGUUCAAGCCCUGUGAUGUGAAGUACAAAGACUACACGCCUUGUCAUGAACAAAAACGGGCAAUGAGAUUCCCAAGGAAGAACAUGGUUUACAGAGAGAGACAUUGCCCACCGGAGAAUGAGAAGCUGCGUUGUCUAAUACCUGCUCCUAAAGGGUAUACGACUCCUUUCCCUUGGCCUAAAAGCCGUGACUACGUUCAUUACGCCAACGUUCCUUUCAAGACCUUGACGGUUGCAAAAGCUGGACAGAACUGGGUGAAGUUUCAAGGGGAUGUGUUUAAGUUCCCUGGAGGAGGAACUAUGUUUCCUCAAGGCGCUGAUGCUUAUAUCGAAACGCUAGCUAAAGUAAUCCCUAUCAAAGAUGGAUCAGUUAGAACUGCGUUGGACACAGGAUGUGGGGUUGCAAGCUGGGGUGCAUAUAUGCUUAAGAAGAAUGUACUGACUAUGUCGUUUGCGCCACGGGAUGUCCAUGAAGCUCAAGUACAGUUUGCUCUGGAGAGAGGUGUUCCGGCAAUCAUCGGUGUUCUCGGGUCAAUACGUCUUCCAUAUCCACCAAGAGCCUUUGAUAUGGCUCACUGCUCUCGAUGUUUGAUACCGUGGACCUCAAAUGAGGGAAUGUACUUAAUGGAAGUGGAUAGAGUCUUGAGACCGGGAGGUUACUGGGUCUUAUCCGGGCCUCCAAUCAACUGGAAGACAUACUACAAGACGUGGAAGCGGUCUAAGAAAGAAGUCAAAGCUGAGCAAAAGAGAAUAGAGGAGAUAGCAGAGUCCUUAUGCUGGGAGAAGAAGUAUGAGAAAGGAGACAUUGCAAUCUGGAGAAAGAAAACUAAUGACAGAUCAUGCAAUAAGUCCUCAUCAUCAUCAUCUGUUAAAACCUGCAAAGGACAAGACACUGAUGAUGUCUGGAACAAGACAAUGGAAGUAUGUGUAACUCCAUUCCCCAAAGUAUCAAGCGAUGUAGAAGUAAUGAAGUUUCCUGAGAGGCUAUUCUCAGUCCCUCUGCGUGUAACCAAAGGUUUGGUGGAGGGUGUGAACGUUGAAUCAUAUCAAGAAGAUAACAAACUGUGGAGGAAACGAGUGAGUAACUACAAGAGAAUCAAUAGACUGAUAGGUAGCACUAGAUACCGUAAUGUGAUGGAUAUGAAUGCUGGACUUGGUGGAUUUGCGGCUGUGCUUGAAUCUACUGAAUCUUGGGUUAUGAAUGUUGUUCCAACCAUUGCAAAGAACACUUUAAGUGUUGUCUUUGAAAGGGGUCUUAUCGGCAUCUACCAUGACUGGUGUGAAGGGUUUUCGACUUAUCCGAGGACAUAUGAUCUCAUCCACGCAAACAAUGUCUUCAGCUUGUAUCAGAACAGAUGCAAUGUUGAAGACAUUCUGCUUGAAAUGGAUCGGAUUUUGAGGCCGGAAGGAACGGUAUUAUUCAGAGACGAGGUUGAUGUUCUAAACGAUGUAAGAAAGAUCGCAAACGGAAUGAGAUGGGACACUAAGUUGAUGGAUCACGAGGAUGGUCCACUCGUGCCGGAGAAGAUUCUCGUCGCCGUUAAGAAGUAUUGGGUCGCCGGUGACGGUGUUAGCGUAGGGAACAGUACUUCGACGUUUAAGUAGUGAAGAACUGAAGAAUAAGAAACUACCGAGGUUAAACGAGUUUUCGAAAAUGUCCCAUAAUUUUAGAUGUUUACUUGUUUUAACCACCAAGUUUUGAUUAGGUUUAAGCAAACCCCGUUGAUCUUGGUGUUUUUUAUUGAGAAAUUUGCUCUCCUACCAAAGAACUAUCCUAUAAUUAACAAUAUACCAAAAUUCUAUAUUUUGAUACUGUUGGUAAUUAAUCGUGACUCUGCUGCCUC